AGGUAUCGGGCGACUGACGCGGAGUUGCACCGAAUACGAUGGAGCCUGUUGAAACUGCAUCGUAGACGAUGAAGCCGAUCUUUGAUCCCUGUUUGGAUCGCCAACUGUCUAUAUGGGCGACUGUGUGUCGCACAACACGAUCGGACUGCGAUCUUAACGUCUAAGCGACUGUGCGCAUAG